UUUGAGGCCGCCAGCCAAUUGCGACCAGCAGCCAAAGAGCGACGUGACGGCCAACCGAACUCGACCCACCGUAUUUGCUUUUCUAGCCAGACACCACUACUGCAAUGCAGCAUCAAUUGCACUGACGAGAUCACCACUCAUCAAUCAGCUGGUUAGUGGAAGACAAGGGGAGCUGUGAAGCUCCCGUGACAGCUCGCAUCAGAUAGCUCUCGUCCCCAAAUCACUUGCUCCUCAAGCUCGCCCCUUCCCUUGACCUUUUAAAUUUCAUCUCAAGACUCUGAAACGAACCUUCGCAUCUCUCACCUCGCCUCUCCAGUUACGUCACGCCUAUACUUCCAGAGCUUAUCAGAGUUUGCGGUUCGCCCAACCACAAUAUCGACAAGUUUUAUAACUUGUGGUACAUUCAAUUGACUUGCAAGUGAACCCCCAUAAUGGCACCAGGUCAACUUAGAACGCUGUUCGGAACCAUCAAGCGAAAACCAAGUCGAGCUCCCGAUGGCAAGACAGACGUGGAAGCAACCGGAGUUGCUUCAACGGAGAAGACCUCACUCCUUCAUGAUCUCGCCCAUAUGAAUACCAAGGAGGCCGAAACACUUUUGCAGGCUCUCAAAACUCUUUCUUCUGGGAAGCCCUUGAAUGACAAGGAGGAUUUGCUGGAACAUGGAGUUGCCAUGCUACAAACCCUUCCAGCAAACAGUGGGCUGGGCGAGACGGUGUCUAAUGAUUUCAUUGGCAUGCUGUGGCAUGAUCUCCCUCAUCCGCCACCCACAAUGGCUGGCCCGGCAGCAAGAUACAGACGCCACGACGGCGGUAACAAUAAUCCUUGGAUCCCAGAGAUGGGCAAAGCUGGCACUCCGUAUUGUCGUAAUGUCCCCUCAUCGACGCCAAAAGGACCCAGCCUCCCAGAUCCGGAACUUGUUUUCGACCAGCUUCUGAAACGCACUGGACCCUUCCGCGAACACCCCUCUGGCCUAAAUCGACUAUUCUUCUCCUUCGCUACUAUAGUCAUUCAUGAAAUCUUCCAAACUUCCCGAACCGAUCCUUGGAUUAACGAGACAUCUAGUUAUGUGGACCUGAGUACUCUCUACGGAAACACAGAUAAUGAGCAGCAGCGAGUGAGAACUUACAAGGAUGGAACAAUUUUCCCUGAUUCGAUUGCUUCGGAGAGAAUUCUAAUGAUGCCUCCUGGUGUGGUUUGCGUAUUGCUCAUGUUCUCAAGAAACCAUAAUACCAUUGCCAAGAAUCUAUUGUUGGUUAACGAGCAGGGGAAGUACAGGCAAUGGGAAAAGUUGAGUGAGAAGGAACAGAAGUGGCAAGACGAAGAUAUUUUCCAAAUUACCCGCAAUAUCAAUGUUGGAUUCUUUGCUUCGGUUGUUCUGAAAGACUACGUUUCGGCAAUUCUUAAUACUCAACGAGCUAAUUCAACCUGGAAUCUUAAUCUUGGCAAAGAAAUCAAACAGCUUGGGAAGCGAAUCGAGCGAGGUACAGGAAACGUUGUCUCUGUUGAAUUUGCUGUGCUCUAUCACUGGCAUGCAUCCCUCAGCGCUGCUGAUGAUAAGUGGAUGGAGUAUGUAAUUAGAGAGAGCCUACCCGAUCUUAAGUCCCUGGACGAUUUGACAAUCGACCAGUUUAAGAAGGUCAUGAUGGACUAUGGGCAUAAGCUCAUGGGCACCACACCAAAAGAAUGGACAUUCGGGGGUCUUAAGAGAGGACCAGAUGGGAGGUUCAGCGAUGUUGAUCUUGCUGAAAUUCUCAAAGAUUGCAUUGAAGAACCUGGCCAUGCUUUUGGAGCCCAUAGCAGCCCUGCAAGUAUGAAGAUUGUCGAUAUCAUGGGCCAAUUGCAAGCGAGAGAGCUUUUUAAUGUCUGCACCAUCAAUGAGUUCCGCCAAUAUUUGAACUUGCAACCCUAUAAGGACUUCGAAGAUUGGAACCCAGACAAAGAAACAGCCAGAGCUGCAGAGCUGCUUUAUGGUCAUAUUGACAACCUGGAAUUAUAUCCCGGCCUCAUGGCAGAAGUUACUAAAAAGGCUAUGCCUGGCAGUGGCGUUUGCACCGGCCAAACUACUGGACGUGGAAUUCUCGAUGAUGCCGUCGCUCUCGUCCGUGGAGAUCGAUUCCUGAGCUACGACUUCAAUAGCUCGACUUUGACUCAUUGGGGUUUCGCCAAACUCGGUACUCUUCCACCAGGGGCCUAUGGUGGCAUGCUGCCUCAUCUUUUCUUCAACGGUCUCCCAGGUGGUUGGACAGGCACUUCCUCCUAUGCACUGCUCCCAUUCUACACACCAAAGGCAGCCAAGGGGAUCCUCUCGCAAAACAAGGUCCUUCACCUGUACGAUAUCGAAAGACCGGCCAGUGGGAAAGAUAUAAUCGGUAUCCACACAUACGCAGGAUGCAAAUCAGUUUUUGGAGACCGCGAAAACUUCCGCGUGAUGUACCAAGCUGCAAUCCGCAAUGUCACUGAUGGUCACGAUUUCCUGCUCGGCUGGGACGAUGCCAAACGUCAUGACCCACGGUCUGAAAUUCUCCACAAAGUCUUCUUCGAAGAAGGAUUCGAAUCAAAAGUGGCAAGCUUUUUCCGUAUUAAUGCGGCCAAGCUCAUCAAAUCCCAUUCCCUGAAAUACUCCAAUGGUACCCGCCGCUCUAUUGACAUAGUCCGAGACGUUGCGAACGUCGUCCCUAUCCUCUGGCUAGCUGAGCGAUUCGCUAUUCCAUUGAAAACCGCUGAACGUCCGCAUGGGUUGGUGACUAUCCCCGAACUCCACAUGAUCUACCUCGUAAUCUUCAUGUACCAAGCCUUUAAUAUCAUUCCGGCAAAUGAAUGGGUGCUCCGCGAAGGCGCUAUGAAAGCUGCUCCUAUCUUGCGUGGGAUUCACGAAGCGCACCUGAAAACGCAAGCAGGAGUCACCGAGAAGCUUGUCGACUGGCUCGCUAAAGGCUCGGCUUUCGAGGUUGGACCUGAAGCAGAUCGUCUGUAUCAUGCUCUAAAUGCCACCAAACUCCCCAUCGGCGAUUUGGUUGGUGAUUGUGUUGGUUUGGGUCCUCCUGUCGCUGCAAAUAUCACUCAGCAGGCUUCACUGCUUAUUGAUUUGUAUCUCAGUAAAGGAUACGAGGAGUACAAGGCUCGCAUUAUCGAACUCGCACAUCUUGACACCGAAGCUGCUGAUCGCGAACUCCAAGGUUUCGUGUUCGAAGGUAUGCGCCACACAAAUAUGGUACCAGGGCUUCCGCGAGUGGCAGCCAGAGAUUUCACUGUCCAGGACGGAGUACGAGGACCUAUUCACAUCAAAGCCAACCAAACCAUUCUCCUCGCCACUUCCAAGGCAGCCAUGGAUCCGACUCAGUACCCUAAUCCCGAGAAGCUGAAUCCUCACCGCCCGCUGAAAGAUCACAUCUUUUUCGGCUACGGGAUGCAUUAUUGCCUCGGCUCGAGAAUAGUGGGAUGUAGUCUAGCAGCGAUCCUGAAGGAAGUAUUCAAGUUGAAAAAUGUGAGGGGGGCACCGGGUCGACAGGGACGCUUGGCAGUGGUCGAGGAAGAGUUGGCAGGGGUGAAGAUGAGGAAGUAUUUGGAUCCCAAUUCUCGAGAAAGCCCCUUCCCUACGACGUUGACAUUGGAGUAUGAUGAGUAAAGAUGGGGGACACCUUUUCAAUUCUGCAGGAUAAUUUGGUGUGCGAGACGGGAGAAUGACGGCGGAAGUAGCAAGAUUGGUAGCCUAAUUAAUGGAUGACUGGGGAAUUUGACUUUAAAUCGUAGUGUUCGUUCUUAGUUUGUCGGAAAUACCACUCUUGUUGACUUUUCACAUCAGAGUAAAAAAUGCGAGUAAAACGUG